AUGACUCGUGUGAAUAUGCCAUUUAAAGUUCGAAUAUCGAAAUUUCGUCAUGUCUAUGGUAGUCCAUACAGAGAAGAUUGUUGCUAUAAAAAUAUACCGAUAACGAGAAAUGCUCAUGAUGGUGGAUUUUGUGCUGUUAAUGCUAAAUUUUUAGCUGUUGUCACAGAAACAUCGGGUGGUGGAAGUUUUCUUGUUUUACAAUUAAGUGAAGUUGGACGAGUUGAUGUUGAUCAUUCUCGUGUAACCGGUCAUCGAGGACCUGUUGUUGAUCUCAAAUGGAAUCCUUUCAAUGAUAAUGAAAUUGCAUCGUGUUCAGAUGAUGGAACUGUAAAAGUUUGGUAUAUUCCUGAUGGUGGCCUACGUAGUGAUAUGUAUCAAUGGAAAGUCGAUUUACACGGACACCAGCGACGUGUAGACUACAUAGAAUGGCAUCCAACAGCUCAAAAUCUUAUUUUAAGUGCUGGAUUAGAUCAUCAAUCAAUAACAUGGAAUAAAAACGGAUCAUUAUUUGCCACAACAUGUAAAGAUAAACGAAUUCGAGUUAUCGAAGCAAGAUCUGGAAGAGUUGUAACGGAGGGUAUCGGUCAUCAAGGCCCAAAAACAUCGAAAAUUGUUUUUCUUGGUGAUAUGAAACGAUUACUAUCAACCGGUUUUGGAAAAACAUUUGAAAGACAAAUUGGUAUAUGGAAUGCGAGUGAUUUAUCGAAACCACUUCUCAUGGAAACUGUUGAUUUUAGUGCGGGUGCACUCAUACCAUUUUAUGAUCAUGAUACAAGAACAGUGUAUCUUGCUGGAAAAGGUGAUGGAAAUAUUCGUUAUUACGAAGUGAAUGAAACAGAACCAUAUCUUCAUUUUUUAUCAGAAUACAAAUCAGCAUCUCCACAAAGAUGUUUAGGUAUAAUGCCGAAAAUCGGACUUGAUGUGACAAAAAAUGAGAUAAUGAGAUUUUAUAAAUUAUUUGCAACUGGAUCUAUUUGUGAACCAAUCUCUAUGAUAGUCCCUCGAAAAGCUGAAGCAUUUCAAAUUGAUAUUUAUCCCGAUACACCAGGACCUUAUCCGGCAUUAUCAGCUGAUGAAUGGAUUAACGGAUGUGAUCGUGAACCAAUACUUGUUUCAAUGAAAGAUCGAACUGAAACAAAUAUGCCAAAAAUUACUACAUAUCGUACUAUUGAAUCUUCGACUAGUCAAACUCCUCCAUCAAUACAACGCCAUAAUCAUCUUUAUCAUUCAACUCGAACGGUACCACCACCAGUUGCUGAGAUAGCACCCACAUUAAUCAAUAAACCAGUUGCCAAAUCACUACCCCAACUUCAACAAAACGAUAAUAAUAAUAAUAAUAAUAAUAGUCAUGAUCUUGAUUUAGAAAAACAAAAUAAUAAAAUAAAUUUAGAAAAAAAUAAUCAACAACAAGAAACUUCACCAAUAUUAAAAUCAUCAACACUGGCAAAUCAUAAAGGACUGAGAAAGAUAGAAUCAUUAAAAAUGCCAUCUACUAGUACAGAAUUCAAUAAUGUCAGUAGUUUACAAACUGUGAACGAUAAAUCUAGUAUUGCUACCGUAGAAUCAGACGAAAAAAAUUUUUAUAAAAAAAGCGUAGAUGUUGUACCAAAAUCAUCAAAUGCUGCUGUUCAGCGACGAAAAUUAAGAAAUUGUACAAGUAUAUCAGCUACUCAGAUAGCUGAUACACUAUUAAAAUCAUCAUCCUGUGCGACUUUACCAUUGAAAUUGAAGUCUAAGAAAAAGGCUGGUGUUAGCAGUGAUGAUACGACGAUAAUGACUCGAGGUCGACCUAACUUAUACAAAACUCUUCAUUCAAUAAAUCCGAUAAAUCAUGCACGUUCAACACCGGAUCUUUCCGAAUAUUUUAAUCCUAUUGAAGAACUCAAAUCCUCUGAGUCAUCUUCCUCCAUUGAAAAAUUAAGUGAUCAUUAUGCAAAAACCAAUAUAGAGCCGAUCUAUAGACUACCGAAUAAACGAUCAACAACCGUUGAAAAAGAUCAAUAUUCAUCACCUCAACCAUCAUCAAUUUUAAAACGUACAGUAACACAAACUCCUAUGAGAGAACUACAACCACGACCACUGUUAGACGUAAACACGAAUAAUAAUCAAAAACUUUCGCCAAAUAAUACAUUAGAACGUUUAGCUAAAAAUACACCAACAAUAUUUUCACCAUCAGCUGCUGCCUAUUUUAAAGAAGAACAAUAUACUAAUAUUGAUCAUUCACUACCUAAACAAGAGAUAGUUGUCAAUAAACAACCUCUUAAAACGGUUGUUCCAUCCAUUGAAGAUGAAAAACAAUUUAUUACAUCUGUUUCUGUACCGAGAAGAAAUCUCCGUCCAAUUAAACUAGCACAACGUUCAUUCACCGAACCACUUGAGAUUGAUCAACAAACGUGUGAAACAACUACUCCGCCAAUACAAACUGAUCCAAUUAGCGGUGAACGUUCGUCGUGUGUGAAAGCGUUAAGAUCCAUAUUCAGUACGAAUGAUGAAAUUCCAACUAGCGAUUCUAAUUUAAAUCGAUCAUUUUCAUUUCAUCGUCAAGAAUCAGAGUUACCGGCAGUAGAUUUGAAUAAUAACAAUAGAGAAAAAUUUCUUCAUUUCAAUGAUGUAACAAAUAGUCCACAACAGCAAGGAAAUCGACGAAGUAUUGAAAUAAAAAAGAAAGUAUGGAGUGUUGAUCCAGCAACAACAACAACAACAACUAACAAUGGUAGUGAACACGUUAACGGACAUUCUACCAAUGGAAUAGACUAUCGCCAAGCGUACAUGAAACAACAAGAAGAAUUAAAAUCAAUUCGUGAAUUAUUACUACUGAAAGACAAUCGCAUACGUUUACUUGAAGAUGAAUUAAGGACAUUUAAAUCAGAUACCGAAGGAAACUAUAGAUGA